UAACAGUGCGUAAGACGGAAGUAAGCGAACAAAAAGUCAAAGUACAAGUCGUUUACGAAUUCUUGGAAGGAAAAGCUUUAACGCUUUCAGUUUCCAACAUUGAGCAGGACAGAAGAAACUCCUAAUAGUCAAGGGGUAUAAGCUUGUCUGGAUCAGCCAUGUGAAGGGGUCAGAGUAGGGGUGGCUAGAGGAAGAACUGACAUAUGAAUGUGGACUGGUCAUCACAUGCAGGACCUACUCACCAUCAUCUAUGACAGACCUGAUUGGCAAGCCUUGCCAGCUGCUGCAUUUAUCCAUGUCCCCUCAAUAAUUAGACAGGGUGGUUCUGUGGCGCAACAGUUAGCACCUGUCACCAAUAUAGUGAGGGUUCUUUAAGGCAUAAUAAAAGGGAAAAAAUGGGAGAACAUUUCAUCAAUGCAGCAAAGGAUGGAUAUCUGGAUUUACUACGUGAUGCUAGCAAGCGAGACCUAAAUGGAUCUGAUGAAGAUGGCAUGACAGCCACUAUGUGGGCUGCUCAUAAUGGUCAUAUUGAGGCUUUACGGCUUAUUGUGGGACGCGGUGGUGAAGUUGACAAGAAAGAUUAUUUGGGUUUGACUUCUCUCCAUCAUGCAGCACGAAGAGGUCUGAUCAAUAUUGUGACAUUCCUUGUCAAUUGGGGAGCCAAUGUUUACUCCCUGGACAAUGAUUUUCAUUCAGCAUUGGACUGGGCUGCCUUGUAUGAAAAGACAGAGGUAGUCAAUUUUCUUGAUGGUGUGAUUUCACAGCAGGAGAUUAAAAAUCCCAAAUAUGUAGCACGCAUGAAGGAAGAGGCCAUCAGGCUUGCUCAACGUAACCGAAAACGGUACGAAAAACUUCAAGAAGAAGCCAAUCGUCGCGCACAGAAAGAGCAGCGAAAAUUAACUUCAGGUGUUAGCCCAGAACUUGGAGGAGAUAGUCAGUCAGCAGGCCAACGUAAGCAAAAUUUCUUCAAAACCCUAACUAUGCGGAUUCGUGGCAGCAAUCAGCAAAUGAAUCCAUCUCUGUCCAGUAGAACCUACUCUGCUAUGGCAGGAGUAGAGGGGCACAGCAAAGUAGCACAGCGUACAGACCAGCAUCAAACAGGAGAUGAAAAUGAAUCCAACAGGGGUGCAGACUUUAAAAUCAGUGAUGUUGAUGGUAGUGGUAAGCGUGUAUUGCAUUCUUUUCCUGUUACUCAAGCAGUCCCAGGUACAUCAUCAGAAGUUAUGUAUUUAACCUCUAAAAGAGGUGAUAGCACAUUUUCAGAAGUGAGCAGCUCUCGACCAGCUGUGUAUGAAGUAUUCAGUGGCUCUGAUCAAUUAGCACUGUACAGAACUAAAUCUGAGUCAGAUAUUCUUGACUCAGACCCUAAUUUUGAUAACCAGGAGAUAAAUGAAAAUACAGCAGGCAUUUUCAAUCGUCCUGGUUUUGGUAAGACAGCCUUCUUAACUGGCUCUAGCUUUCUGAAUACACUUCCAUCCUUUGAGUCUCAGUCUGUUUCUGACAACACAGAAUCUAAGGUAGAGUCCAAUGUCUUCCCCAGUAGAAUUAUGAUAAGUGAAUCUGUGAAUCACAAGUCUGUUUUAGAGGGGUUAGAUUUAGAAACUCAGACUGCUUUAGAUCUAUCCUGGGACCAGGAGGAAGCGGAUAAUCUUGAUGAGGAGGAGGAGGGAAUUGGAACUUCAGCUUUGGAAAUGUUCCUUUGGUCAGCAGGCCUGGAGUCAUACUUGCUUAGUUUUCUUAAGGAAAAGAUAGAUAUGGAACUCCUUGGCAAUAUGUCUGACUCAGAAUUACAACAAAUUGGUUUGCCUUUUGGUCCACGCAAAAGGGUUCUUGAUGCUGUGAAAAAGCGCAAUGAUGUGCUUAGGAUUCCUAAAGAAAUGAGAGAUUCUUUUUUUUGAGUUAGGAUAUACAUUCAUACACAUUCCAAUUGAUUAUACUGUGCAUAUCAUAGCUGGCUUGCAUAAGUCUUUGACUUUUUGAGGAUAUGAAUAUGCAGAUAAGACCAUGUAGCUGUGGUAAGAAAUCUGUAAGACUUAAUAUCAUUUAAUCCACUUCCAUGCAAAAGUCCAACAAUCCAUAGUUUUGUGAACUAAUGAGAAGAGUUUUUAUGAGCCUAAUUGGACCAUUGCUGGCUUCAGCAGUGCUAUUUGUAGGCCCUUCGAUGAAGCUUUAAACUUCAGUCUUGUUUGCAGAUCUAUUUUCACCAGUUAGAAAUAGGCUGUCUGAAAGUAAUUCCAUUUCCAGUUUUACAGAUCUGUGUAUUUUUGUACAAUUUUGUCACAGUAAAUUUGCAUGGCCUUGGUAUGUUUAGUGAAAGGAAUAUUUCUUGAUCGAGAUUAAAAAAUAAAUAUGAAAGUAGAUUUCUUAGUUAGAUAACACUGUCAUGGUUGAAACAAAAAAUGUGACUUGGUCAUACAGUUACUCUGUUGCAGAAUACAGCUAGAGUAAUUGAAAGUUGCCAUAAUUUUUAACUGUUCACUUUGAAACAGAAUAACUCUUCUCAGCUUCAGUGUUUUUAUUUAAAAUAAGCAUCUUUAUACUCAACACAGGCUUCCCAAGUGUAUUUUGUAAAUCAUCAUCACAGUGUUUUCAAAGACUGCUUCCUUGAGAGUAAACAACUUUUUCUGGUUUUCUAUGGUUGUGUACAUUGUUUUUUAAAUUUAAUUUAAACAGUUAAUCCUCAAGGGAAAGAACUGAUGAAUACAAAAUCAGACAACUAUAGUUGCGUCAAAUGAAAUCUAUUUUCUUUAGGAGAGUGGACAAGGCCAUUAAAUGUAGCUUACUGAUCCGGUUAACUGUAGACUGGUGUCUGUCAUGCCAUAUGUUCAGUUUUAAUGUCAUUGUGACACUGGGUCUAAAUAAGUUUCAUGCCAUCCUUUCCUGCCUUUCUUAUCACUUCCCUCUUCAGUCUUCUGUAUAUUGGAAGGAAGUAGUCUUAUGAUGACUUUAAGGUAAGCACUCCUAUACCACACAUUAUUACCUUUUUUUGCUAUGUGGUAUCGUUAGAGUGCUCAGCUAAUUUGUUUUGGUUUGGGUAUCAAAAGCUUGAUCAUGUGCACAUGUAUUGGAAAAGUACAUUUGUCGUAUACUAGAGGAAAAUGAAUAAACACUUUUGAUACUAAAAGUCAAUGGAAGAACUCAAAUAUUAGAUUUCAUGAAUAAUAAUUUUGAUCAUAGUCUCUUAAAUGAUAAACAUAAAUAUCACGAAGAAAAUUUUUUAUGCCUUUAUAUUAAACUUAUAUUACAUGUAAUACAUUUUAAUAUUAAAAAAUCAUUCAGUUGUCUAUAGAAUACUACAUUUUUUCCUCAAUUUUAUUCACAUUUUCUAUGGGUAUUGUUGUCAAAGAUGCUCUGUUGAUUGUCUUCAUUACUUUGAUUUGGGUGAUAACAAUUUCUUUGCAAAUGCAAAGUGAUAAUGAAUCUAGUCCUUCUGAUAGCAAACUAAAGAAAUGUGACUAAACUUUCAAGGUGUAAAAUAAAAGAAAAUGAACUAUAAA